AACACACACUACACCGCCAGCUUCGUUGUAAACAGCAACAUAAUAAACCAAAAUAACAAAAUUAUUUUGGCCACACUUCUCAUCUUCUCCCUCCUUUCUGCGCCAAGAUCUGAUAUUAUUUUCCUUUUUCUUUUAACAUUUCCACUCAAAGAUCCAAUCAUGGAUUUCAUGAAGGUUUUUGACCAAACAGUUCGCGAAAUAAAGAGAGAGGUAAAUCUUAAGGUCCUGAAGGUUCCUGAGAUCGAACAGAAGGUGUUAGAUGCAACUGAUGAUGCACCUUGGGGUCCUCAUGGUACUGCAUGUGCGGAAAUUGCACAGGCCACUAAGAAAUUCACUGAAUGCCAGAUGGUUAUGAAUGUUCUAUGGACAAGACUGGGAGAGACAGGCAAGGACUGGCGUCUUGUUUACAAGGCAUUGACUGUCAUAGAGUAUUUGGUGGCACAUGGAUCUGAGCGUGCAGUUGAUGACAUAAUAGAACAUACAUUCCAGAUAUCAUCGCUUACAAGUUUUGAAUAUGUUGAGCCAAGUGGAAAGGAUGUGGGACUUAAUGUGAGGAAGAAGGCAGAAAAUAUUGUGGCACUCUUGAAUAAUAAGGAUAAAAUACAAGAAACCAGAAAUAAAGCUGCUGCUAACCGUGAUAAGUAUGUUGGUGUUUCAUCUUCUGGAAUAACUUAUAAAUCAGGUUCAGCAUCAUAUAGUGGUGGCAGCUUUCAGAGUAGCAGUCGUUAUGGAGGCUUUAGUGGUACAAGAGACACCGACAAUUUUAGAGACAGUUAUAAAGAUAAGGAUCAGUAUGGAGUAGAAAGGUCCGAAAAGGAAUCCUAUGGGAAGUCGCGUCAAGGGGGUGCUACUGAUGAUCAAGGGUACACCAAGAAGGGUUCUACACGUGUUGGCAGAAAGGAUCAGAAUAAUAUGUCAAAGUCAUCAUCCAAGACAGAUGAUUCCUACAAGAAAACUUCAGUUCCUUCUCAACAUUCAAGGGCCCCGUCAAGCAAUUAUAAUGAUGAAUUUGAUGAUGAUGAUUUUGAUCCCAGGGGAACUUCCAGCUCUAAGUCAACUGCUGAUACCUCCAACCAAGUUGAUCUAUUUGGACAAGAUUUGAUUGGCGACCUCAUGGAUGCACCGACAUCUAUUCCCACAGAAACAUCAGCCAUGAAUGGCAAUUCUUCAGAGGCUGAUCUGUUUGCUGAUGCAACAUUUGUAUCAGCACCACCCCAAGUCGAAAAGGCAGCAAGUCCUCAGUCUCAGACUCAGGUCGAUCUGUUUGCUUCCCAACCUGCUGUCUCUCUUGCGGUCCCUUCAACAGUUGAUUUCUUUUCCACUCCUGAUCCAGUUGUGCAACCAGAGACCAAUGUUCAAACAUCUAAUCCAACAAAUAAUAACAUUGUUGAUCCAUUUGCUACAGUUCCAUUGAACAGCUUUGAUGGAUCUGAUCUUUUUGGUGCAUUCUCUUCUAGUUCCAAUUCAGCAUCGGCAGAAUCUACACAAAGUCCUAUAAAUGAUGGGAGCCUUGACAAUUUAAAUGUGAAUGCAUCAGACAUCAAGCCUCCAUCAAAGAAAGAGACAUUCCAAGUUAAAUCUGGAAUAUGGGCAGAUUCACUUAGCCGUGGACUGAUUGAUCUUAAUAUAUCUGCUCCUAAGAAGGUCUCGCUAGUGGAUGUUGGUGUCGUGGGUGAUCUAACUGUUGGACAAGAUGACAGGGACAAGGGGCUUCCAGCUUCAUUUUAUAUGGGUAGAGCCAUGGGAACAGGGUCUGGUCUUGGAAGGUCUGGGUUUACACCGCAGGCAACUCAGUCACAGGCAACUCAGUCACAGGCAAUCAGUGACGAGGACUUCUUCUCAAGUCUAAGCAGCCAACAACACCAAUUCGGUACUUUCCAGAAGUAAAUUGUCUUGUUGAUUUAGCAUUUUGCUCCUGAUUAGCUUCUCAAUAUUCUUUGCCCCAUUUGGCACAGAUAAUUCAAAGCAUUGAGCGUUGUGGUGUGUUAAAUCCUGUUCAUACAUCAAAACAACAUUAUGAUUUGAUUAUAUAUUAUCUACCUAUCAUGACUGGAGUUUCCUGAAAGACUGCUUAUGUUCAAUUAUUUGCAAAGCAGCGUCCUUGCAAAGUCUCAAGUUUUUCGGUGGCACAGUUGUUUGUAGCAGCAGGGAAUUGUAAUUUUUGGUUUCUUCUGUUGGAAAUGUGAGACAGCUUGCAUGUAAACACAGGUGAUUGCCAUUCACUAGUCCUCCUGCUUCUGAAUUAGGGCUAAAGAUGACCAAAUAUAUUCUAUUUUCUUUUA